AUGGCUGAUGAUUAUGGGUAUCCUUCUGAUUUGGACUCUGACGAUGGAAGUAUCCUCUGGGACCAGGAAUCUAGGUCGGAUGACGCCGAUUCUCUGGUCACAAGUCUAGAUUCUUUGAGUCUGGAUGGCGGGAGCCCGCCUUCUGUGGGGAUAUGCAUUGUAUGCUUGGCCCGCCCAAUAUACUCCAAGAAUGGGCGCACGUAUUCGACAUGUGGCAUGCGUUGUGCUGCUAUUUUGCAAAGUGCGACCCAAGGCGCUGUUGCAUCCUCUGGAACUGCGGGUCGUGGUUUCCAUACCCAUGGGCCAGAUGGAGCUCGAGCUCGAAUUCAAAAGAUUCCAAGGCCUCCUUGUGUGAUAUGCAAGAAGAACCCGUCUUAUCGUGGUGCAGUGACUUGUGGACUGACAUGUUUAGAGAAGCUAGCCAAAGAUGGAGGAGAUCCGACCAUGUGCAAUUACUGCCAUCGCAAACCAAAGCACGGGAGCUACCCCCAAUGCGGGACUACUUGUGCUGAAAAGGCUAAACUGGCUUGUCUGUUCUGUCGAUGUCGGCCCCGCUUAGGCCGUUAUCAUCUUUGUGGGAGAACGUGCAAGAGGUUGGCGGUGAAGCAGACUCCUUUGUUGCUCGAGGCACCGAAGGGACACGCGACAUACGAGAUGGUGGAGCAGAGGUUUAUCAAGGCAUGGAUCACCAACUCGAGUGGCCCUCGUCCAGCGAUAAGCAAAGUCUUCAAGAUCAUAGAGAACGAAGACUUUCUGAAACCUUAUGAUGCCUACCGACGACGAGUGAAAAACGAACAAUUCCGCUACCACGGUACACGACGAGUCUGCAACUUGGGCAAAAAUGAUGGGACGAACCAGACGACUGUCUGUGCCAACGCGACUUGUGCGGUCUGUUGCAUCUUGAAGACCUCUUUCAAAGUUAGUUUGGCGAAUGCGGGCGGAGCCUUCGGACCCGGCGUUUAUUCCUCCACUGCCUCGAACAAAGCGUAUAGCUACUGCGGUCAAGCAGGGGCCAUGCUACUCACCAAAGUUGUACUUGGGAAUAUCCACUACGUUAACGGGUUCGCACAAGUCAGGGCUUGUCCUCCUGGUCACGACUCUGUCGUCUUCGAUCGAAUGGGUGGAGGAUUGAACGAAACUAUCGUCUACUCGGACGAUGCCAUUCGUCCUGUGUUUUUGAUCACCUUCUCUUGA